GUUGUGGUCGAUACUUCAUCAUGAACACUAAGGUACUCAUCCUGCUGGGUUUGGUGGCUGCGGUCGCCGCCGACAAGCGUCCGGCCCCCUCCUUGGCCUACGGUGCUCCACGGGCUUCCUCUGAGGAGUUUGAGUCUCCCAAGUAUGGCUUCGACUGGGCUGUUCAAGACAGCGAGACCGGCAACGACUUCGCCCAGCAAGAGACCCGCGACGACGACAACACCAGAGGGUCGUACACCGUACAGCUUCCCGACGGUCGUCGCCAGACCGUGACUUACGUCGUGGACGGUGACUCUGGUUACGUGGCUGACGUCCAAUACCAGGGUGAGGCUCGCUACCCCGACUCUGAUGAGGUCAGGCCUCCCAGUCCCCGCUACGGAGCUCCGUAAAUGAUCUUGAAAACGACGUCCACCAGCGAUGAUUGAUGGUUACAAGUGACAACACUUUCUUAAUCUCAGCCGCUGGUGGAGGCCAAGCGACACCAUCUUCCCCGGUCCUUUCCUUCAUAACUUAUUUCCUUUACAACUAUAUUGAAUUGUAAAUAAUUGUGAACCAAAAUUAUUUAUUAAAUAACGCACAACUUAAA